AUGGUGUUUGGGAGAUCAAAGAAGGAGGUCUUUAGGCUGGAUGUUGAGCGAGUAUGGAAAAAGGUGAAAGGUUGGAAAGAAAAAUUUCUCUCUAGAGCCGGCAAAGAAGUUUUAAUAAAAGUGGUAGCACAAGCGAUCCCCACUUAUAUUAUGAGCUGCUAUCGCAUUCCUGAGAAUGUUUGCAAAGAAAUUGAAUCUAUGCUGGAAAAAUUUUGGUGGGGUUCGAAGGAAGGUGAGCGGAAAAUACACUGGUUGAAAUGGGAGAGAAUGGCUAAUUCUAAAAGGGAUGGUGGCAUAGGCUUUAGAGGCAUUCAUGACUUCAAUAUUAGUCUUCUAGGCAAGCAAUUUUGGAGACUCCUUCAAGCUGAUGGCUCCCUUAUGGAAAGGUUUUUCAAAGGUCGGUAUUAUCCUCGGUGUUCCAUUGCUGAUACUGGGACUGGUUUUAAUCCCAGCUAUGCCUGGCGGAGUAUAUUGAGUUUGCGGGAGUUAGUGCUUAAUGGAGCUCGUUGA